AUGGAGCUGAGGGUUGGGAACCGGUACCGGCUGGGCCGCAAGAUCGGGAGCGGUUCCUUCGGGGAUAUCUAUCUGGGAACUGAUAUUGCUGCCGGAGAAGAGGUUGCGAUUAAGUUGGAAUGCGUGAAAACCAAGCAUCCUCAGCUCCACAUCGAGAGUAAAAUCUACAAAAUGAUGCAGGGYGGAGGCAAGCAAAUUACUUUCUUUCUUCUGGGUAUUCCCACAAUUAAGUGGUGUGGAGCUGAAGGAGACUACAACGUUAUGGUGAUGGAGUUGUUGGGACCGAGUCUCGAAGAUCUCUUCAAUUUUUGUUCCAGGAAGUUCAGUCUCAAGACAGUCCUACUGCUCGCUGACCAAAUGAUAAGUCGAAUUGAAUAUAUUCACUCUAAGAACUUCAUCCAUCGAGAUGUGAAGCCAGAUAACUUCUUAAUGGGCCUGGGGAAAAAAGGCAAUCUUGUCUACAUAAUAGACUUUGGACUAGCAAAGAAGUAUCGAGACGCUCGAACUCACCAACAUAUUCCAUAUCGUGAGAAUAAAAACUUAACAGGAACUGCCCGUUAUGCCUCCAUCAACACUCAUCUUGGAAUCGAGCAAUCUCGCAGAGAUGACUUGGAGUCCUUGGGCUAUGUACUGAUGUAUUUUAACCUGGGCUCCCUCCCCUGGCAGGGACUGAAAGCAGCAACAAAGAGGCAGAAAUACGAACGUAUCAGUGAAAAGAAAAUGUCUACGCCCAUUGAGGUUUUGUGUAAAGGAUAUCCUUCUGAAUUUGCCACAUACUUGAAUUUCUGCCGUUCUUUGCGUUUUGAUGACAAGCCGGACUACUCCUAUCUGAGGCAACUGUUCAGAAACCUCUUCCAUCGACAAGGGUUUUCCUAUGACUACGUAUUUGACUGGAACAUGCUGAAAUUUGGUGCGAGCAGGGCGGCAGAAGAUGCCGAACGUGAAAGGCGAGAACGAGAGGAAAGAUUGAGGCACGCACGAAAUCCAGCUGUACGUGGAUUGCCCUCCACUGCUUCCGGCAGGCUAAGAGGAACACAAGAUGUAGCUCCGCCUACUCCCCUUACCCCAACUUCACAUGCUGCCAACACCUCUCCUCGGCCGGUAUCUGGUAUGGAACGGGAAAGGAAAGUGAGUAUGAGAUUGCAUCGUGGUGCCCCAGUCAAUAUCUCCUCGUCCGAUUUAACAGGCCGACAAGAUACCUCUCGCAUGUCAACUUCGCAGAUUCCUGCUCGGGUAAAUGCCAGCGUUCUCCAGUCUGCUGUGCACCGAUGAACAUUACUUUGCCGUGGAAGGCAGAUAAUGCAUGGCUGAUCUCCCGUGUUACCAGUGGCUUUACUAGCAAAAAUACCCUAAACUAGAGUGGAAAUCGGAGUUCUCCGCGUGACCUAAAAGGCACUUGGAGGAACGUGCACAGACUCCGGCAGCUGCCGUUACAGGACGCUUUUGCCAGAAACCCAGUGACCUUAAGAGAACCCUGUGGUAACAGGGCUGGAAAAGAAAGAUGGUUUACAGAGUUCGCUGCCUGUUAUUGGAUGGCCAUUUCAGUUUUCCUUCCACAGGCGGCAGACUUGACUCCCUUUUUAUUAUUCUACUGUAACUAUAAAUCUUUUACUUGGUUUAAGAAAGUUUUUUGUAUCAUUUUGCUAAGAUUAUUGGCUUAAUUCUCUGUAAAGAACUCUUGCUUUUGUCUGAUUUAAAAAUGUAGAAUAUAAACGAACCUGAACUAAAGACAAUGACUUGAAAUUCUUGUUUAAAAGAUUAGUCUGCCAGGGAACAUACAAAUGAAUCAAAACCAUCAGAUGUUACUUAAAUUGUUUACUUUCAUGUAUUGUCCCAUUCCAGGUUGCUUUUCUCGUGAAAUUUUAAAGAUUGUUAGGAGUUUAUUUUACCGUUUGCCAUCUUCAUUCACACUGGACAUUUAACUUUCCGGGUAACGCGAAGGAAUUAAUGCUCAUUCUUUUUCAUAAAAGCAUACUAAAUAACCUGCAGGAGAGUCUUAAGUAUAGUAGAGGUUGUAACGAUGGAUUUCUUUUUUGUAAAGAACGUGAAGGACAAAGUGAAAGAUUGGCAUUUGAGAGAUUUAGGAUUAGAAAGCUCAUUCUGUCCCUCUGCUUAGUUGGGAUGAAUGGAUACUUGCAAACAUUUUUUUUACUGGGAGAAUUUUGUUUCUCUGAGGCUGGUUAGCUUGGAGGCUGUUUACAAGUGCAAAAUAGACGUUGCUGCUGAAUCUUCGGUGAUUUUGCAUGUUUCAUUCAGUAUCCACAUGUUUAUAAAUAGGUAAACGCAUUGCUUUUGGCCCUCCGUUACGUGCCGAGACUCAAAAGAGAAAUUCUGAAACAUAUAACCUCCCUCCAAAAUCAGCAACCUAUUCUUCCUGUGAACUCCUGAGAAUUUUUACAAUUCAGAUGCAUAUCAUAUUUAAUUUUUAACUAUGCUUAACCUGAGUAUGCCCAGAAUCAUUAGCUAGGCAUGAAUGACUCAACAUGCUCAGGUUGUUGGUUAUGAAAUUGGGGAAAAUUUUCAUAUUGCUUGUUACUGUAAGUCGUCUCGUAAAAGUAGGUGUUCCUGUCCUCAUGGUACCUGAAACAGUACUGGAACUGUUAUGACUGAAAUUAUGGGAAGGUCUGUAUUAGAAAUGAAAGUAUAUACGGCGAUUUUGUUUGAACGGUUAGGUAUUUUGCAAAAUUCCUCCCUGCUCGGAGGCAAUUUUUAAAGGUUUAUUAGUGUUCAGAUUUUUAUCGAGAGUAGUUUUUAUUGUUUGGGUGUUUACAAGUUCUUUUUUGCCCUCUCAAAAGUCCACAUACUCAGUAUUACCAUUCUUCUUUGGGUGUUUCCAUAAUCAUUAGCUAUUUACCUCUGUGUACUCUGGGUCGGACUGGGGAAAUGCGUAUUUGCGGAGGGUAUAGUGGAAAAGCUUGAGAAUUGGAUUGAUUUUGGUAAGUUUGCGUAAGAGAAUUAUUUCCUCAGUUACUAUGAACUUUAGGUAUUUUAGGCAUGUGCACUACCAUUUGAGCAGUUUUACACUUCACUAUGCUUUCCUUGUAAAUAUGUGUGGUUAACAGUGUAAUGUUUGAGGGUCUUAAAAAAAGCAGCCUUUUUAUUUUCUAUGUAUGUGGACCAUUAGAUUGCUGUACUAUACUUAAAAGUUGACUGCAGACUUCUAGAAUUGUACUCACUUGUGGGCACUUUUUGUCCUUCAGAAUAGUUAAAUUUCAUCAUGAAGAAACUAGACUGUCUAUAUAAACCUGUGUAUUGAAAACCAGUAUCUCAAAGCACUUCAUUUGUACUACCACUGUAUUUGUGUACUUUAACAGUUGUGUAAAUACAUUCAUAGUAACUUCUGUUCUUCUUUGGUGU